UGCUAAGUGAAGCCCAACAGAAGCUUCUAGUAAAAUCCUUGGAGAAAAAGCUCCUCCCAGUGCAACUGAAGCUGGUUGAAAGCACCAUGGAGCAGAACUUCCUGCAAGAUAAAGAGGGUGUUUUCCCCCUGCGGCCUGACCUGCUCUCCUCCCUGGGGGAGGAGGAACUGACCCUCACAGAAGCCCUAGUGGGGCUGAGUGGCCUGGAAGUCCAGAGAUCGGGCCCCCAGUACAUGUGGGAUCCCGACACUCUCCCGCGUCUCUGUGCCCUCUAUGCUGGUCUCUCCCUUCUUCAGCUACUGAGCAAGGCUUCCUAAUGCCCCUUCUCUGCCCUCUCCCCUAAUGCCUUCCUGACCUUACUGUGCUCUCUGUAACACUCCAAGUCACCGCAGAGCCUCCACGCUGAGGAUAACUGAAAAGCCAUUCUCUGCUCGGUUCUGCAGCACAUACACUAAAACUGAAAUGCCACGCUGUCAUGCAUGCUCAGCAAAUCCCACCGUCUAUCUUCCUUCUGUCCUCCACCUCAGCCACCCACUAAGCCCAUCUCCGGAUACUUAUUUAAAUCCUGAAGAUACAAAAUCUUUCAAAAUCUUUGCAAAGUUAAGCCAUUUCAAUAAGAAAAACAAACAAGCAAACAAACAUCAACUUCCUAGUUGAAUCCUUCUCACUUCUGCCUUAAAAAAAAAGCUACCCUUACUGGAAUGAAUAAAAAACACGGUGUGGAUCCUAGGACAAGCUA